UUAAUUUCUCUGUUCGCCAGUGGCCAGUGCAAGCGCUUCUGCAUACACAACGGUUCCCAAUUCCCACCACUCUACUCUCUCCUCCGUCUCUCUCCCACAACUCUCAACGACGGAAUUUUCGUCUCCCAACUCCGGUCAGUCGCCAUGUUUGCGUCCGAUGUCUUCCAACCGCUUCGCCCCCAACUCGACGAUUUCACACGUGAUCCAGAGGCUGCUUCGUUGCUGUUGGCUGCUUUCGAAGGAAAAUUCAAUACCGUCGAGAUGAUGGAACAUAUGAUUGAUAGGCCCAUGGAGAGCCUUAAGGACGACCUAGGCCGAACCGCUCUCCAUUACGCCGCUGCUGGAGGAAAGUAUGAUGUCCUCGUUUAUUUGGUCGAGAUAAUGGGAUUUCCUGCUGAUAUCCGAGAUUCCUCAGGAGAGACUCCUUUGCACAAAGCAAUUGUAGCUCGUCACCACGGCUGUGCAGAAUACCUUCUUGACUAUGAUGCUGAUCCAAAUGCAGCCACUUAUGAUGAUGGGUGUACACCUUUCCAUUAUGCUGCCGGAGCAGGAUCCAAAAAAUUGGUUACGCUUCUCUUGUCCCAAGGUGCUAAAGUUGAUGCGAAAUCAAGUUAUGGCACUGCGUUGCAUUUUGCAUUUCGGAACAAAGUUAUGGUUAAAACUCUGUUAGAGCACAACGCCAAUCCAAAUAUUGUUAUCUCGGAAGCAAUGUCUCCAUUAGUAAUGUCAAUUGUAGGGAAAUGUCUGGAAACUGUGAAGUUACUAUUGAAGGCUGGAGCUGAUCCGAACCUAACUCCAAGCUUGAACCUGUUUGGAAUAUCUCCUCUGGGUACUGCCGUCAUGGAAGGAGCCAUGGAGAUCAUCAAACUGUUACUCAAUGCCGGAGCAGAUCCUAAUGCCUCGGAUAAUGUACUUGGAAUGAAACCGGCUGAGCUAGCUGGAUGGUUAGGUAUGCGUCAGGCAGCUAAGCUGCUAUUGCCACUCACCUCACCAAAUCCCAAGGUUCCAACUUGGACUUUUAACGGAAUAAAGAAGUACUACAAUGCUGAACCACAAGCAGCAGAGAUAUACAGCCGAACAGAGGAACGACGUUUGCUGUUUAAAUCAAAGGGCAAAGAUGCAUUCAUCCGAAAACAACAUGCUCUUGCCUUGCUUUGGUACACUCAGGCCAAAAAUCUGAAUCCUCUUGACGAGACUGUGUUGUCAAAUCUAAGUGCGUGCUGGGUUCGCAUGAAGAAUGGCGGCCAAGCUUUGAGUGAGGCGCGGGCCUGUAUUAUGCUGAAGCCCGAAUGGCCUAAAGCAUACUAUAGGGAAGGCAUGGCCUUGAACUUGCUCAAAGAAUUUCGAGAUGCCGCGAAAUCGUUUGCGAUGGGUCUGCAGUUUGAUCCCGGGAAUAAGGAGCUUGAAGAUGCUUUAAGGCAAGCUUUAGCAGAUGCAGCAGAUCCACGGAAGACGUUUGGAGGCUUCGGAUUCUUUUGAUUUUGGGUUAUUAGCCUGUUUGCUCAUGUGAAACUAUUGUUAGCCCUGAAAAAAUUUGUUCCAGGUUUUACUUUUGUGGGUGUUUUUUUCUUUUUGCAGCUCCUGAAACUAUUUAAUAGGGUGUGGUUCUAUGGUUUGCUUUUGGG